AAAAAAUUAUCAGAUCAAAACACAACCCACAACCCGAAUAAAUCAAUAAUUAAAAUUUAGAAAGCUACUCGAAAAAGUUCAAAGUUACUCUGAAACAUAAUCAUUUCUAAAUCACUUCUCUGUAAACGUGACUCUUGCCAAGUAUGUGCUCAUUUUUUUGAAAACAGGACGAGCUUGAGCUACAUCAAAAUGUAUAAAAUAGUCGAAAACGUGAAAGCUGGGAUCGAAAAACCUUCGGCAAUAUCUAAUGCUCUAAUUGGCAGACGUGCUUCUAAUUUGGACGUUAGUGACUGCAAAAGAAUCUCGCACGAUGACACAUUUACCGUCAGUAUUCAACACUUACAAGGAGACAACUGCGAAGGCAGAUUUUUACUGUCGGGUCGUAGUAAUGGAUCACUGCUGCUUCACAAUAUCAAAAACAUGACAACAUCUAUGAAAUACGAAUGUAAACGUCUUUGGAAAUGUACAAAAGCAGAUAAAGAUGGUCAUCGGUAUAGCGUAGAAUGCGUACGAUGGUUUCCAACCGAUAAUGGUAUCUUUGUUUCCGGAGGUUUCGAUAAAACGUUGAAAAUUUGGGAUACGAGCUGCCUAGAGUGCGUUGAAACUUUACGAUUCGAAGGAAAAAUCUAUAAUUUUGAUCUCUCUCCAGCUCGUACUAGGAACUGUACAGUUGCAGUGUGCAGCAGUAAAGGUAUAGUAUCGAUACUAGAACUUCACUCGGGCACUAACGUCCAUACGUUGAAACAUCACCAAGGAGAUGUACUAUCCUGUAACUGGUCUCCUUUCGAAGAACACAUCUUAGCCACCGGUGGUACCGAUAACAAAGUACUCAUAUGGGAUAUUCGUUCUGCUAAAAGCUGUCUAAUGAGUUUAAAUCGAUGCAAUACCAAAGAAAACAACGCUUGUAAUCCUUGUAAAAAUAACUUCACAGCACAUACAGGCGCUGUAAACGCGGUGAAAUUUGUCAGAGGUGGUUUGAAAUUGGUUUCUUGCGGUACAGACAACUCGAUUCGAUUAUGGGAUACGUUAGAUGGUAAAAAUGAACUAGUGGAUUACGAAUCUUUUGUGAACUCUUCGAAAAAAAGCGUACAAAUUGACGUAUCGAGGUUUACUACACCCGAAUACAUGUAUAUUCCGUGCAACGAUUCAAUCAACGUUUAUCAAGUCGAGUCUGGUAAAUUAAUCAAGCAACUCGGAGGUCAUUUCAGCAAUGUUAACUGUUGUUAUUACGAACCUUUUCAACACGAAUUAUACUCCGGUUGUACCGAUGGACUUAUUUUAAUCUGGUGCGAUGAUGAUCUACAAUCGACGACGUAUUGUAGCAGCUGCGAUUGGCCUCAAAUAGCCGAUUUUUUAGGUUAAAAAGAAUUUGACCAAAUAAUUAUGUUACCUAUUAUUGUGAUUCUUACAAGUAUUCGUCGAUGUACAUCUUUCAAUUAACUCGAGCAUUCAUUUUUCAGCUAUGAGUAUGUUUUAAUGUAGCAUCACUUUUUUUUUCCUUUUCUUUUUUUCUAAUUGAAUAUUAUUUCUAAUGUCUUGCAAAUUUAUGUGUAUUAUUUAUUAAGACCCAUUUGUGGUCGUUUCUGUGUGUGUGUGUGUGGUAGCUUUAUGUUUCAAUUAUACGAAUAAAUGUAUGAUUAGUUUCAUUUUUAA